AUGUGGUCAGAAAUUGGAUUGAGCAUUGUAACAUGGUUCAUUAUAUUCAUAACUCACUGGUUAUACAAGUGGAACAAUCCCAAAUGCAAUGGAGUUUUGCCUCCAGGUUCCAUGGGUUUCCCUCUCAUUGGAGAGACCCUUCAGUUGAUUAUUCCCAGUCGCUCCUUAGACCUCCAUCCAUUCAUCAAAACCAGAAUUCAAAGAUAUGGACGAGUGUUUCGUACCAGCUUGGCAGGGCGACCUGUGGUAGUAUCGGCUGACCCUGAGUUCAACAACUUCAUCUUCCAACAAGAAGGGAAUUCUGUUGAAAUGUGGUACUUGGACACUUUCUCUAAGAUUUUUGAACUGGAUGGUGAAACUAGGAUGAACUCAUUAGGUUCCAUUCACAAGUACAUAAGAAGCAAAGUGUUGAAUCAUUUUGGUGCAGAGUGCCUCAAGGAAAAGUUGCUUUCUCAAGUAGAAGAAAUAGUUCAGAAAACUCUACGCAUUUGGUCAAGCCAAGCAUCCAUUGAAGUGAAACACGCCACUGCAACCAUGGUUUUCAAUUUUACUGCAAAACAGAUGUUUAGUUAUGAUCAAGAAAAAUCGUCGGAGCAGAUAAGUGACACUUUCACCAAUUUCUUAUAUGGUCUAAUGUCCUUUCCUCUGAACAUCCCUGGUACUACGUUCCACAAGUGUAUGAAGGACAAAAAGAAGAUGCUGAAUAUGAUAAAGAAUAUGCUAAAGGAGAAACAAACUUCCACUGAGACAUGCAAAGGGGACUUUCUUGAUCAAGCCAUCAAAGACUUAAAUUCCAAAAAGUAUUUGACAGAGGAUUUUAUAGUUUUGUUAAGCUUUGGAGCUUUAUUUGCCAGCGUUGAGGCAAUAUCAACAGCACUUACCCUAGCUUUCAAGCUGAUUUCGGAAAACCCUUCAGUUGUAGAGGAACUGAGAGCUGAGCACGAAACAAUUCUUAGAAACAGAGAAACUUCGGAUUCUGCACUCACAUGGAACGAAUACAAAUCAAUGACUUUUACUACUCAAGUUAUUAACGAAAUUCUUAGGCUGGCAAAUAUGGCUCCAGGGUUUUUAAGAAGAACAUUGAAAGAUAUCCAAGUAAAUGGUUAUACAAUUCCGGCAGGUUGGACCAUUAUGGUUGCAACUCCUGCUCUUCAACUAGAUCCUAACACAUUUAAGGAUCCACUUGCAUUUAAUCCGUGGCGUUGGAAGGACCUCGACUCAAUAGUUAUAUCCAAGAAUUUUAUGCCUUUUGGAGGAGGGAUGAGACAAUGCGCAGGUGCAGAGUACAGUAAAGCGUUCAUGGCCACAUUUCUCCAUGUUUUACUCACCAAAUAUAGGUGGACCAAAAUCAAGGGAGGAGACGUGGUUCGGGCUCCUACUAUAGGGUUUGGCGAUGGCAUUCAAAUAAAGGUUUCGGAAAAAGCAUGAUUAUGAUUAUCUGUAUGAAAUAAUGUGAUCCGUCACAUGUUAAUCAGUAGAAUUUUGUGGGGGGUUCUUUCUUUUUUCUUUUUUUGUUUCUUAUUAUGUGAAAAAUAAUUGUGUGAAACUGUUCACCUCAAUGUUUGAGAGCAAUGCAAACUAGUUGGUGUGGUGAUACACAAAAUGUAAUGAAAUUAUUAAGGAUGAGUUUGUAUCACAUUUUUAGACUACUUUCUUUUCUUUUCUUUUUUUCUUUUUUUUUUUUUUGUCAUUUUAGUUGUUUCGUAUUUCGAUAUUGUUACCAGAUGUUUACUGGCAUUUGAUACCCAUCCAUGUAUUUCUUUUCAUUCAUGGAUCUUGUCUGAAAAUAGGACCUCGACUCAAUAGUUAUAUCCAAGAAUUUUAUGCCUCUUGGAGGAGGGAUGAGACAAUGCGCCCGUGCAGAGUACAGUAAAGCGUUCAUGGCCACAUUUCUCCAUGUUUUAAUCACCAAAUAUAAGUUUUUUUUUUUUUUUCAUCGCUAUAUAUAUAUAUAUAAAUGCUAGAGUAGGCCAAUUUUUACACCCAAGUAUGUUCAUAGCUUUUAUUUAUGGGGUUUUUCAAUAGGUGGACCAAAAUCAAGGAAGGAGACAUGGUUCGGGCUCCUACUAUAGGGUUUGGAUAUGGCAUUCAAAUAAAGGUUUCAGAAAAAGCUCUGUUUGAAAUAAUGUGAUCCGUCACCUGUUAAUAAGUAGAAUUUUGUGGCUUUGUUUUCCUUUUUUUUUAUU